CUCGAACUCGCAACGAUAGUCCUGCCUCUGCUUCUCGAGUGCUGGGAUUACAGGCGUGCGCCACCACGCCCGGCCCUUAAUUUUGAUUUUCGAGCCCACCUCUUACAGCAUCCUGGAACUCGCCUGCCCUGUUCCGCACACCCCGUUUCCAACUGCGAUUUACCAGAGCCUGAACCCGUUUACCGCCGCGUCCGUCCUUGCUGGGUCAGGUGAGGGCCAGGUAAGGUUCUUGCCCUGCUGUCGCGCCUUCUCUUUCCACUGUCCACCCGACCAUGGCCCAGAAGCCGAAGGUGGAGCCCCACAUCGGACGGCUCGGGUACCUGCAGGCGCUGGUCACCGAAUUCCAGGAGACAGAGAGCCAAGACGCCAAGGAGCAAGUCCUCGCCAAUCUUGCCAACUUCGCCUAUGACCCCAGCAACUACCAAUAUCUGCGGCAACUGCAAGUCCUGGAUUUAUUCCUCGAUUCGCUGUCGGAAGACAAUGAGAGCCUGGUAGAAUUUGCUAUUGCUGCUCUGACACCACCAUGCACCACUGCAGCCCACCUCGGACCUGCACUGCCCACAAGAUCUGAAUCUGUCACCACGGGCAAGGCAGGGGGCCUCUGCAACCUGUGUGCAGACAGGGCCAACAGGGAGCACAUUCUGCAGGUGGGUGGCAUCCCGCUCAUCACCAACUGCCUGUCCAGUCCCAACGAGGAGACCGUGUUGUCGGCUGUCACCACGCUCAUGUACCUGAGCCCGCCAGGUGCCGCCUCCCACCCUGAACUCGCCUCCUUGCCCGUGGUCCAGUGCAUGCUGCGCUUCUCUCUCUCAGCCAACGUAAGGCUCCGGAACCUGGCCCAAAUCUUCCUGGAGGACUACUGCUCCCCAACCCAGGUGGCCGAAGCCCGCAGCCGGCAGGCCCACUCUGCCCUGGGUAUCCCCCUGCCAAAGACUGAAGCCCCCCAGCAGCCCUGAUCCAAGGGGGCCCCAAGGCCCCAGCACCUUUACUCUGCAGACCGAGUCCUGGUGGGGGCGCAGGCAGCAGACGAGCACAGUCCACCGUAGCGCUGCCUGCUCAGCAUGUUGAAGCUGAUAUGGUUCAGUGCAACAGGUACUCACGCUCGGAUGAAAAGGCAUUAGGAGUGGGGAGGCCAGACCUCAAGGCACAGAGAGGCACAAGCUGAAGCUGGUGCCACUUCCAUGCUGGCACCCCCAAGGACCGACCCACUGCCACUCUCCGGCACAUACCAUGUAAGCAGCAGCUGCUUUCUGGCUUAGGAGAGUUGCCUGCACCUGAGCAAAUAAGGGAUCACCCCCAACAGCAAUAUCCAGAGUCAUUCUGAGAGGCCCUGGGUUCAGUCCCAAGCACCACAAAAAAAUUAAAACCACACUGACAUACACCUGUAAUUCAGCAGUCCAGGAGGCUGCGGCAGGAGGAUCACAAGUUUGAGCCCAACCCAAGCAACACAGCAAAACCCUAUCACAAAAAUGAAGGCCCAAGUCGGGCAUGGUGGAGCACGCCUGUAAUCCUAGCACUCAGGAAGCUGAGGCAGGAGGAUCACUGGAGUUCGAGGCCAAC